AUGCUGAAUCUAGACGAAUCGCCCGGAGGUCUUGACGAAGGCAUGUCUUCUGAAAAACACGAUAAAAUGGGUGAUUCCGAGUACCAACAUGCACUGGAGGUUAUCUUCGAUGAGAAGAAUGCACAUCGACGGAGAUCAUCGCUUGUUUCUACAGAUCUCAUUGAAAUGAUGUCGUCUCGGAAACAAAACACUGAAUGUCAUAUUCACGCACUCCUCGAGAGUUAUCGCCGUAAUUCCAACAGCAGCACCAGCAGUAUCAAGGGCCUCGCUAAAUCGCUCACAAAUUUCCACCCCGAGCCCCCGCAUAUCUUCGACGAAAGAUGCAAAGUUAGCCAGCAGAAUCGAGUCGACAAAGAAAAGACUGAAAAUUGGCACGGUCAAGGCAAUAAUGAAAGUAAUUUCAAAGAGCUAUCUAUGAGUAAAUAUGAUAAUGCUAAUAGUAGUUUAUGUUCAACGAAAUCGGAGCAGACAGUUUUAAAUAGUCGGGAACAGCAUGCUUUGCAUAGUAGACUAUUGAGCAAAGAGCAGUUAUCGGAGAUGGCCUGGGGAGUGCGCGAACUUUCAAAAAGGCUGGGGAGCAUUCGCUUGAAAUUAAAAGUCAAAAGUGUUUUCUUGUUGAUUAAAGCUCAUGACGAGGCAUUGAUUGAGAAUGCAAGAAAUAUAACAAAAUGGUUAUUGAGUCAUGAGAGGGAGGUUCCAUACACUAUAUGGGUAGAAGAGAACCUAAAAUACAGCAAAAAGUUCGACUCAGAAGGACUAAUAGCAGAUGUGCGAGCUAGCUGUGAGCAAAAUUCCGAUGGAAAUCAUAGGAGUGUAGAAGAAAGACUAAAGUAUUGGAAUAACGAUCUUUGUAGGUUGAGACCUCAGAGUUUUGAUUUCGUGAUCACUCUAGGAGGAGAUGGUACUGUCUUACAUGCGAGCUGGCUCUUUCAACGAGUUGUGCCGCCCGUUUUGAGUUUUGCUCUUGGAAGUUUGGGAUUUUUAACCAAGUUUGAUUAUGAAAAUUAUCAAAAUACUCUCACUGAAGUGUUUAACGAGGGAGUUACGAUUAGUUUAAGGUUACGUUUUGAGGGAACCGUCAUGAGAAGUCAAGAGAGAGAGCCCAUACCCGGUAUCACGAAAGAAAAAGACGGCGCUGACCAAGUGGGAGAUGAGAUAGACAUCCGAGAUUUAGUAGAGGAAUUGGUAAAGGAAGAAAAAGAGGAUGAAAGAACCCACUACCCAGAUGGCACUUAUGAAAUAUUAAAUGAUAUUGUUGUCGACCGAGGACCAAAUCCAACAAUGUCUUCAAUCGAACUUUUCUCUGAAAACGAGCAUAUGACCACUGUAGCAGCCGAUGGUAUUUGUGUGGCAACCCCUACUGGAUCGACUGCUUACAACCUCGCGGCUGGGGGCUCACUUUGUCAUCCCGACAACCCUGUUAUCUUGGUUACAGCUAUAUGCGCUCACACUUUAUCAUUUCGGCCUAUCAUACUACCAGAUACUAUGGUAUUACGGGUCGGUGUGCCGUAUGACUCUCGUUCCAGUUCCUGGGCUAGUUUUGACGGGAGAGAAAGGGUUGAAUUGAGACCGGGAGACUACAUAACAAUCUCAGCUAGUAGGUAUCCCUUUGCAAGUGUUAUGCAUCCUAGACGAGGGAGCGAGGAGUGGAUCGGCAGGAUAAGUGAUAAACUCGGGUGGAAUACAAGACAAAGGCAAAAAACCACAAAGGAAUGGAAAAGUAAUACCAAUUCUCUCUAG